AUGGAUGUGGUGUCACCAGAACUGAACAGCCUUCUUCCUGAUGAAAUCAUGGAUACUGAGGCCAUAGAUGAUGUCCCACAUUCUCAGUCUGAUGUCGCUGCAGCCCAUUCUGAGACCAGCCAUGAUACUGUAGUUCCGAUGGAAAUCGAUAUACCCAUGUCUUCAGAAAAUCUGAGCAUCUCUUCAAAUGUCACAUUGAUGGAGCAGACCAAGACUCUGACCACUUCUGCAGCCACAGACGUCACUGUCUGUAUCAGCCCUGGAAGUCAUCAAUCUACUUUUGUUUCCACUUCAUCACCCCUUCUUACCAUCAAACCAGCCUUGUCUACGUCCAUGGCCACAACCAAAACUACAGACAGUGUCACUGGAACUACUGUUUCCACAAGUGGUUUACAGAAGCUCACAACUCAGUUUGCCAUUUCUGCUGCUAACCACCAGAUCAUUCUUAAUAAGGUGGCCUCGUCUCAAGUCCAAGAAGCAGCAAAAUCUGCAGGUACCCAACCUCAAGUCAUCAAGCAGGAAGGACAAAAACUUUUGGUCACAACUAUAGGAAAAUCGGGACAACCUAUAGUGCUUCAGUUACCCCACACAGGCAGCAAACCUGGAGUUUUACCGACUUCAGGAGACACCAAGUUGCAAACGCCACAAUUCAAAGUUGUGACCAUUGGUGGGAGGUCAGAGCUGAAACCGAUGGUGGUGAGUUCUGGCAACCAGGUGACCACGUUACAGGCCCAGCAGCUGAAGACUGUACAGAUUCCUAAGAAAACACCAGCGUCCUCAGCAGCUCCAAUUAAGUUCAUCAUCACAAAAACUGUUAACAGCAAAGGUCUGAGUCCUCAGACACCCGUCACUCCAGUAAUCCAAGGACAUGUUCUGACCCAAACUUCCCCGCUGAUGACAUCAAAAACAAUUACUCUGUCUGAUCCCCACAACACUAGCAUACAAACCAUUCCUGGCAAAAAGAUUGCCAUUUCUCCACUCAAGACACCCAGCAAGGUGACGGUAGUUUCUGUGGCUUCUCCACCCUCUAAUGCCUCUCAGAAGUCAGUAGCACUGCCUGUGAGUGUAGCACUUGGCCAACAAAUUCUCACAGUCCAGCAGUCCACAUCUGCAUCACCAGUCAAAGUAGCCACCAGCCAAACCACAGCACAGAAUAUCAAGCCUGUGCAAUCUGUACCAGUGACAGGAGUUGGUGGCUCCCAGUUCAAAACCAUCUUCCCACUGUCUGCCCAGCCAAAUGUGCAACAGAUUCAGGUGCCAGGAAGUAAGUUCCGCUAUGUUCGCCUUGUCACAGCAACCACAGCUAGCAGCACAGGACAGCCAAGUGUUCCCAACGCCAGCUCAGUUCAGACAGGUAAACCUGUGGUGGUCAAUACAGGAGCGAUGAGGAUGUCCGUCCCAGUCGUCCCAGCACAGACAGUAAAACAGGUGGCGCCUAAACCUUUGACAUCAGCAUCACAAAUAGUCACCACCACCCAGACCCAGCAACGCCUGAUCAUGCCUGCAACACCGCUUUCCCAAAUUCAGCCUGGCUUCACCAACCUACCCCCAGGCACAGUCCUGGCACCAGCUCCUGGAGGCAGCAAUGUAGGGUACACCGUUGUUCCAGCACAAUAUGUCACACAGAUCCAGCAGUCACCGUUUGUGACUCUUGCCAGUAGCUCUAGUUUCCCUCCAUCUGGCGCUGUCCAGUCUCAGGCCAAACUGCCUCUCAAUGGUGUGUCAGCUGCAGAAACGACCUCACGACCAAGAAAACCAUGCAACUGCACCAAAUCACAGUGUCUCAAGCUAUACUGUGACUGCUUUGCUAAUGGGGAGUUCUGCAACAAUUGUAACUGCAAUAACUGCUUCAAUAACCUGGAACAUGAAACUGAACGUCUCAAAGCCAUCAAGACGUGUCUAGACAGAAAUCCAGAAGCGUUCAAACCUAAAAUUGGUAAAGGCAAAGAAGGAGAGUCGGACCGCCGGCACAGCAAAGGCUGCAACUGCAAACGUUCAGGCUGCCUGAAGAAUUACUGCGAGUGUUAUGAGGCUAAGAUUAUGUGCUCGUCCAUUUGUAAGUGCGCCGGCUGCAAAAACUUUGAGGAGAGCCCCGAGAGGAAAACACUGAUGCAUUUGGCUGAUGCAGCAGAAGUGAGGGUGCAGCAGCAGACCGCAGCCAAGACCAAACUGUCCUCACAGAUAUCAGACCUACUGAUGCGGACCACACCGGUUAUGUCCAGUGGAGGCGGGAGGCUGCCAUACACAUUUGUUACAAAGGAGGUGCUUGAAGCAACGUGCGAGUGUUUGCUUGAACAGGCCAAAAAAUCUGAACAGACUCGUCAACCCCAGGCCGAAGCAGAGAGGAUGAUCCUGGAAGAGUUCGGACACUGUCUUAUGAGUAUAAUCAGCUCUGCAGGGAAAGUCAAAACAGACUGUGCUUCCAUCAACUGCUAG